UUCCGCUUUCUGUUAUUAUGUAGAAGAUGAACGUAUUAAUUAUGUCAAAUAACAAAAAUCUUAUUCAGAAUACCGCUUAUUUGAUUUCUUGUUCUCUAACUAGUUUAGACUAGGCUGCCGUGUAAUAAAAGAUAGUUGUGUGCAAGUACUAUCCAAAGUAAUAUCUGUUCAUUGUUUAACAAUAAAUGGAGGGAAAUUUAUUUCACAACUAUGGUUUACAUUAUUUAAUAUGACGUAGUUAUCUGCAUUUUGACGAUUUACCUGUAGAAAUAUGAUGUGACAAUAACUUGAAAUUCAAAACAAUACGGAUAAACCUGCAAUAAAAAGCAAACCAACAAUAUCAUGGAUAACACGGAAGUGAAUUUCCCAUAUCCUGAGAAUUAUAAAAACUGGAUAUUAUGGCGUAAUUCUACACUUCUCUUGUUAAUUCUUUGCACUGGCAUUUUUAUAUCAACUGAUAUUUACACUAUAUCUGUUGGAAAACAUAUUUUAGAUUGGAAUUAUAAUCAUAUUGGUGAGACAUCAAAAUUAUUUAAAAGAGCCAUAGAAAAUAUGAUUGGAAUAGAGAAAGAUAAAGACCGUGGUGUAUUAGAUUUAAUGAAUGAUCAAUCAACACAUUGGAAUGUUAACAGUAAUGAUGAUGAAAUAAAUAAAACUUUAAUAAAACCAUACUACUCAAAUAGUUUGCAUAAAAUAAAAAAUCUUAUGUAUAAUAUUAAAAGAACAUGUUUGAAUACGGAGUCUAUUGAUUGGAAUAUGAUGUUUUGGAGAGACAAAGGAUACUUUCGUAGUGAACAAUUUAUUCGAUUGGCGAAAAUACACGCUAAAGGUGCUCAUCUUUUCAGUGAAGAUACAAAUCUUCUGAAUAAUCGAAUGUCGUAUAAAAAGGAAGUUACUCAACGAUUUGACAAUUUAAGUUUCUUACUAGCAUAUCCUUCUGGAAUUAGUGUCCAUAUCAAUGUGAAAAAUAUUCGAUUAUUACCAGAAUACGAAGAUGUGGAACAUUUAGACAGUGAUAAUGGAAUUGUAAUGGAUCCGUCAAGAAAAUCAAAUAUGCAACAUUGGCGUAAACCACUUGAAACAAUCAUUAAGACAGCAUGUCGGUAUCCUUUACCUAAACAAUACUAUUUGGCUAUGCAUCCUUAUUUAGAUCGACAUACAACUGCUAGAAGACAUGUUUGCCAACCAAAAAAUAAUUUGAAUUCUCGUUUAUGUCCUGCUAAUUAUCCAAGUGGAUAUAUAUUUUAUGAUCGUUCCAUAAAUGGACAAUGUACACAAAAUAAAGCUUCAUAUCUACCAUCACAAUUGAAUAGUUUUUAUUGUACAAUCAACUCACCAUUGGUUAAUAAAUUAUUUCAAGAACACAUAGUUGAAAGUCAAUCUUACUUAAAAGAUAUACAUUGUGAUACACAACGACGUAUUUGUCAAACAUGUUUGAAGCAGUCUUGUGUAAAAAGUAAUAAACCAAUAUUUACAGAGACAAAUAUGAAAAAAGCUCACAAUCAUGUUGGAAUGAAUAAUCAUGAUGAAAGUGAAACUUAUCAUAAUGUAAAUGAAAAUUUAUUACGUGUUAAUGCUAUUGAACAAAAUAUUUGGCAAGUGAAUGAUCCGGAUUGUUGUGGUAUUCAAUGUUAUUCCAGUCCAAGUUGCCUUGAUUACUUCGGUUAUCGAUGUGAAGCGUAUACAAGUAGACAUUCCAAUGCAACUGAAAUAUGCUUACAAGGUAAAACAUUAAAAUUUACAUUGAAUCCUGAAUUUGAUUUUACGAAUGAAACUUAUACUUGUCAUGUGCAACAUCGCCCACCACAAAUCGUAUACACUAUUGAGACUUGGUUAACGCUUGAAAUACGAAGUUCACCAAAACUAGUUUGGAAUACUCCUCGUUUAAAAUAUAGCGUUCAUUUAAUGAAUAACAAAAACCAUCCAAAAAGGAAAUCACACAAAUUGGAUGAUUCUAUUCAAACUGUAAAUAAACAAUUUCUAAAACAUGGUAUUUUAUUAUUAUGGAAUGGAAAUAUUCAUUUAGAGCAUAAGACAGAUUUACCUAUAUGGAAUGAUGCGAUUGUUCAUAGAUCUGUUGACAAAGAAAUAUCAUUAUUUCAGUUGAAAUUUUUGAAAGAUUUUGGUAAUGAACCUCUUACACUUCAAAGACACAAAGAAGAGAAAUACAUAAUUGUACAGUUUUCUAGACCGUUUCAAUACAGUACUGCGAAUUGGGGCAAUCAAACAUGUCAAGUCAACAUAAGUCAUAUUCAUCGUGCACAACCAAUCUAUUUAGAAAAUACUAAAGUCCCAAUCGGAAUCACAUCCAUUCCACAAAAAACUACAACGAAUACAUUCCUGUAUACAUUGAAAAAUUCACAGAAAAGAUCAACCAUUGAAAUAAAAUCACAAAUCAAUGAUUCAUUAUUAUACACUGCUGUUUGUCUAAAUGGAUUAACAUUUAAACAAUCAAAACCUAACGAAAACAAUGAUGAAAUGAAUAUCCCCAAUGUUAGCAAGCAUUUUGCUGAACAAAUCGGUCGACUGAAUUCAGAUAUACGAAUAUCUAAUAAAAGAUUGGAUACAAAUUGUGAAUUGAAUUCAACGUGGAGAGUAACUAUCACAGGCACAACUACGCAUAAAUCAACAUAUAUUCACUUGAAGGUAUAUACUGGGUCAUUAAAAUCACUGUCAAUCAUAAACAAACAAGGUUUAACCUCAGUUGAUCAAGAAAAUAUUUUAUUGGAAAAAGAUUUAAUUCUACUACAUGAUAAAUUCAAUGUUAUUGCUAGAAACAUUGAAGAACAGAAAGCACCAUUUCAAAUUGAAUUUGAUAUUGAAUUGAUUCACUUGCCAAUUGUAAAUUCUCCUGUUUCACAAUCAAUAUUAAUAAUUGUUCAUUUAAGAGAUUGUUUUACCGAUUAUUUAAUCAGUACAUCGCUUCAAUCAGAGAAUAAUAUUCUAUUGUUAAAAUCCAUAAAUGUCGAUCAUAAUAACACCAUGUUGAAAGAAUAUUUACCAAGUCGUAUGGAAUCUUUACGUGCUGAUAAAAUGAAUUUUCCAUUUAUUAUUACUUGUCUAGUUAUUGGUCUCACCUACAUCAUCCUGUUAACUAUAUAUGCCAUCUUAAAAAUAUGUCAAGGAUCCAAUAAAUUUCAUACACACACGAAAAUGCAUAGUUCACCAACUGGUUUUUUAUUCAACAGUGAAAUGCAACAAAGACGUUCUUCAUUAUUUUCAGCUUAUUCAACAAAUUUACUAGGCAGUUAUCAUAGUACCAAUUCACAGUCUCAAUCAUCUCGUUUAACAUGUCCACAAAAAUUUUGCAUAAUGAUUUAUUUAUGUUUUCGAGUGUUUUACACUUUUCUAUUUACCAUCAGUGUUGGAUUAUCAUUUAUUUUAAGCAUUGAAACUGAUGCAACGGUGGAGUUUACUUCAGCAGUGCAUAAUAAUCAUUUCGUUACAAUGAAUUCAUUCAGUAAUUAUGAUAGAAAUACGGACAACAGAUUAAAUUUGCCAUCAAUGAUGAAUAGAAUGACAUUGACAACAGACAUAGGAAAUAGAUGGCGUGGUGCUAAAGUAUGGGUGUUAGAAGCAGCCAGAAUGGAGGAUUUUUCACAGACUGAAUUAUUACGACAAAUUCAAAGAGGAACAAGUCAAAUUACUGACUGUGGAAAACAUUAUGAAGAUCAUAGUAAACAAUUGUCAAGAUAUAUGAUGUAUAUUAGUAAGAAAUUAAUCAGUUGGUUUAGUCAAACAAACACUAACAAUGAUAUUAAUAGGAUAAAUGAAAAUUCACUCAAUUAUCAUUCUAAUAAUAAAAUAUUAUAUGAAGAUUUUAUUACUCAAAGUGAAUAUGAAAUGUACAAUGGUAAUAGUAAUCAUAAUAAUAACAACUCGACUCUUUCAUGGACACUGAAUAAUGUGAAUGUUCAAAUACCUACUAUAGAACAAGAAACAUGGAAUCAUUUGGAACGUACCAGUUGGUUACCUUAUUUAGAUACCAUUGAUGAUUAUUUAAGAAAGACAAGAGAUGACCUGGACACAAAAGUUAUUGAUUAUUGGGCACCAUAUGAUCAACUUUUAGUCAACCUUCUUACUAAUCCAUGGAUUGCGCCAGCACAUAGAGCAUUAAAUACUUCAUGGUUACAAGAGAGGCGAAUAUCAUUCAUGGAUCGAACUUAUUUUGGGUUGGUAUCAAGUGAUUUUGACUCAGAAGAUGAAAAUCAAUCGUCGAAUGAUUUAUCCACUUUAAAUGGUGCCAGAGAAACACAAUCUUUAAUGUUAGCAAAUUUUAUUGGUGUUCCACAGCCUGCACAUGCACGUUUGGCUGGUACAAGAAUUUGGAAUAGUUUUCGUAAUCUAGUACCAGGUUUACCGAGUAAAUUCUAUUACAAAUUAGAAUCAAGUUCAUCGCCAACAUCGUCAUCAUCAUCGGCAUCAGCAUCAGCUUCAUCAAUAUCAUCGUUCAAUAAAGAUGUGGAAUUUCACAAAAAACCCAAUUUAUAUCAUGAUUAUCGUCAAAUGUUAUCGGAUGAAGAUUGGUAUCAUAUACCGAAUGGACAAUUGGAUUUCGAUGAAAAAUUUACCGGUGAUGCGUUUGCUGAUUUUAAUACACAAUUCUAUCCAUUUGCAACAACUAUAACAAAACGUAGUGGAAUUCCUACAACAAAUGAUUCAAGUUAUUAUUUUCUAACAUUGACACAAGUUCGAUUAUUAUUACUACUAUUAGAUGCUAUCAUUAUCUUAGCUAGAUGUUGUCAAACAUUUGAAUUUAUGCAUAAAAUUUGGUUUGGUGAUAUAAAAUUAAUGAAUGCAAAUCAUUUAUUACAUGAUUACAAUGAUAAUUCACAAUUCACGCUUGAUUCAUCCAAUCAUCCAAUGGAUCACCACUAUCAAUCACAACAAAUACAACAAAAACAUGGUACUACUUACAAUGCCAAUUAUCAUUAUCCAUCUUCAAUUCAAAUACGUUCACCUAAACAUUUACAUUUAUCUGUAGGCUCUACACCAUUCUUACAUCCUGCAUCAUGUUCAUCGAAUUUACACGAAUCUAAUCAUCAUUCGGUUUCGAAUGAAUUCCCUACAUCAACAAGCACAAAUUACAAUGAAGCAGUGGUUACCAGUCAGACCAUUAAUAUAAACGAAUAUGAACAAAAAUCUUCUACAGGAAUUAAAAUUACUCAAAACGAUCAAUCAACAUUAAAUUUCGACAAUGAAACUGGACGUUUUACAGCUUGCUAUUGUUGUCUUGAUGCUCAUUAUCUGCUAGUGAUCACUGGUAUUGGCUUAUUAUUUAUUGGUCUCGUUUUAAUAUGGGCUACUGAUAGACAUGUACGACCAGGAUGGCUUUUAGCAAAAACCGGUGUAUUUGCUCGAUCACGUGCACUUGAAGACUGUCGACGAAGAACAAACGCUAUUCUAAAAACCAUUCAACCAAAUCACAUAAAUAUGGAUUUAAUAAGAUCUGCUAGAAUCAAUGCAGCGAAAGAAGCUUAUUGGAUGAAUCAAUUAACUAAUAGACUAGAGCAUGUACAAACUCAAAUACAACUACAAUUUAUCACGGAAUUAUGUUUAUUGCAAAAAGGAUUGACUAAUCACUAUUAUAUCUUAGAUCAACAAGCUGUGAGAAUGCAUUUACCAGAGAUAACAAAUACCAAUUCAACAUUUUCAGCCUGUGAAUUAAUUGGUUCCAAUUCUCAGUUUACUGAACAAGCAUUAUUGAUUUUGUCCAACUGGAAAUUGGAUCCAUUAACAAAUAAACAAAUUAAACAUACAUUAAAAACUCCUGUCUGUCAUUUCUCUGUUGUAGUUCCUGCUACCUAUGCUGAAAGUCAUCUAUCACGUUUAUUAAGAAUGACUAGUUUAAAUGAACAAUCAUUUCAACCGAAAAAUAUGAAAACCAAUGAACAUAUUACCUCAAUUAACAAUCAAACAGAAUUUAUUCAAGUUGAUGGAAAUCAAUUAGAUUUUGACUAUGAACAACUUACCAUAUCAAUUGGAAGUCUGUCAACUUUGAUUAAUGCUAUUUAUCGGUUAUUAUUAACUAGUUUAACAGUAAUGAUGGCUAUGGGUGGAUUGUUAGUUUGUUUGCAUAUGAUUUCAAUUUUAGGACGUAUAAUUAUACGAAUUCCAGUACGUAAGGUGAGAUGA